AUGGCUCGCAAGGCUCGUCAAAGUAUGCCAUUGCCAAUGACGCAAAAGACACCGCCUAUCCGCUUUGCUGAGGAUGAGCCGCGCAAGACAUCCCGAUCUGCCAAGACGUCCCACCAGAGUGCCUCGAGCUGUUUCUUCACUCGGUGGAUCGUUCGCCUCAGUAUCUUUUACUUGAUCUACGCUGCACUGUACCGAUGCUCGUCCACGCCAUUCUCGUUCUCAUACAACCCUCACCAUGAGCUGCUGGUGUGCCGCGAAAUGGCAUCGAUGCAAGCGCACGUCUCGCCCGUCCUUCACGAGUAUGCUGGCAAGACACACGCCCUCCUUGAGCCAUACGCAGGCAAGUACAUGAACGCCGCGCACAAUGCCUGGAAGAAGGCGUCGCCUGUGCUGCACAAGACGGCCAAGCAGGCGCACAGCUUGUACUGGACGCACGUGGAACCAGGUGCGCGUGCCUUAUACAAGCAAGUGCACCAGUGGUCGUUACCGCAUCAGCGCACGGUACAUAACCACUACAAGAAGCAUGUACACCCCCAUGUGAAGAAAAUGGGCCGUAUCCUGGAUCCGUACGUCCGCACAUACCACAAGGAUGUGCACCCACACGUGCUCAAGGGUCUGAACCAGCUGUCUGAUGCUCAGAAAGCAUCGUCCGAGUUUUAUGUCGACAAGCUGCACCCUCGCAUCAAACAGAACCUGUACAAUGCGUAUGCAUACGUUCGCCACACCCUCUUCCCCUUUGCACACCAUCAUUAUGUCCACCACGCUCAUCCGCAUGUGAAGAAGAUGCACGAUUCGGUGAGCACGGCCGUGGCGAACACGCUGCGCAAGUAUGGCAUCCGCGAUGGCUCGCUGACGAACAAGAUCACGGAAUCGGUGCAGGGGACCUACCACCAGGCCGUGGACACGGUAGACGAGCAGCUGUCGAAAUCCGGCCUGAAGGACGGCUCGGUCGUGAACAAAGUGCAGGACGCCGCCAAGCAGGUGUACGAAAAAGUUGACAAUGCCGUGGACAGCGCCAUGAAAGAGCACGGCAUGCGGGACAAGACAGUCGCUGAUGGCAUCAAGGAGGCGUACCAACACGGUAAAGAGGCUGAUACAAAGUCGGAUGUGAUCCAUAACAGAACAGACGACGACAGCAUAGCAGAGGCAUUGGCCGAGGCAGAUGUGGAGGCUCGGGCCGCUGCAACCACGUCAGGUGGGGUAGACCCCAAGUCAGGUGAGCGUUUGGAUGUGAUGCAAGCGCGUUUAGAUGCCGAGCUUUUGGAGGCCGAUGAUGUAUUGUCAGAACAGGAACGCGCCAUCUCGAUGCUGGCCGCUUCGCUUAUGCAGGAGCUGCUCAAAGAGAUUGCCGAGAGUCGUCGUAUGGCGUUUACGCAGAUUCCUUCGCGUCUUGAGCAGGUGUUUUCCAUGACGAUUGAUCACGGCAUCUCGGGCUCGUUUCUGCGUACAGUGCGUGCCGCCAAGACUCUAGCGGCGAAUGCAUCCAUGCCACUCGACGAGUGGAAAGAGAUGAUGCAGACCCGCUUGACAGACGAGGUGGAUAUGAUGAUUGAUGUGUACGAUGAGCUCCGUCAGGGUAUUAGUCAGGUUCUUCAUGCCAGCCAAAAGUCCGAAGAAGAAAUUAUCCAGCGCGGCGUGUCACAGAUCCGACAGCGCAGCCGCGAAGCGCUCAAAAAGUUUAACGAAGUCAUGGAAAAGGCCGAGUUCCAGCGCACGAUCUACGAAAACGAGGGCUGGGACAUGGUUAUGAAGCGCCGCGGCCAGAUAUUCCGCGAAGAAGUACACAACAAGACCAUGCAGGUUCUCUCGCUCUCUGGCGAGCCUCUCGACAGUCCCACGGCACCUGAUUUGCAGACGGAGCAAAAGACCCUGCUGACUAGUGUCGUGGAGCUGUUCAAGCGUGCCGAGGCUGCUUUUAGUCAAUUGACCGCAGAGCUUCGUGAGCAUCCUUCAACAGUGCAGGACAAAGCACAAUACGCGUCACUUCUAGUCCUCAUGCAUAACAACCUCGAUGGCCUGGCCGAAUUUUGUCGCGAAACGCUCGUCAACUCCACCCUGAGGUUGCGUGACGACAUUGUUCGAACGCGUCUAGCGCUGGGCAUGCCAAGUCUCCCUGACGAUGGCUUGCUCCGUGAUGUGGCCUCUUUGCCAUCGCCCCUAGAGCGGCGGGAUACUUCCACAACAGCGACACCAGCACCGACUUUCUCAAACGAGGACGGACAAAACAUGGCGACCAUUUUGCCAGUAGGCGAUAUUCCUCCGGCCGUGGUGGACGGUCAUGCAUUCUUGUCGAGUGCCAUACACGCCGAGCGUGUCAACGCUACCUCAAAAGCUACCUCAAACGACUUGUCUGCAUCUAUGGCGCCCACCUCGUCUGAGUCGCUUGACGCAACACCAUCAAUCUCGUCGCUCUUGUCGUCGACGCUUGUAAGCUCAUCUAUCGACACGGACACGCUUCCCACGCCGCCGACACCUUUGACGACCUCGGUCGUCUCAGCUCCCUCGACGACGGAGCCGAGCAGGUCCAGCAACUCGAUCGAAUCUACGCCUACCACAACAGAAUCGAUCAGCUCCACGCUAUCGACGUCCUUGUUGAUCUCGAAGUCAACGGAGCGAAACAACUUGACAACGGCCUCAACCGACUCACUCACGCCGAGCUCAGUAGCGAACCUGUCCAAGACACUUGAUGUGUCCUCCAAGUCGCAGACAACGCUAGCGGCACCUUCGUUAGAGCCUAGCCAGGCUACGUCUGAAGCGGCAUCGACGCAAUCGAGCAAGUCGGCGAUCGAAGCGGUGUCGAUGGCCUCCAACAACGCGACUACGGUUACGCCGGCGUCUGAGUCCACUCCGUCAAUCCCAGUGACGCCUGAAUCUAGUCAUACUACCACUGCGGUCCCCACGCCUGAGUCUGCUCAAUCGAUCUCAGUGACGUCUGCGUCUAGCGCCGUGACUAGCGAUACAUCGACGCCCGAAUCUGUUCAUUCGAUCCCAGCAUCAUUCGAUGCCAUGCAUGUGACUGGGAACACGACAACACGUACAUCUCCCAAGUUGAGUCCCGCGACGUCCUCUGAAAGCCACCGCACGACCCUUGCCAUAUCGUCGUCCAUUCCCCUGACAGCGACGACACUCUCUUCAUCAGUGGCUAACUCGACAUUAUCAUCGUCGUCAUCAUCCUCGAGUACGUCGUCUGAGACGACAUCGAGUCUAAUGACCUCAUUGCCCCCCACAACUUUGCCUGUGGUGGUGACCUCUGACUCGCCACGGCCAGAGUCAUCGAGCAUGGCCAGCGAAACUGCCCAAUCUCAAAGCAGUGGCCUAAAGAAUACCAUGGUACGCGGCGUCCGACCCGGACCUCGCGCAUCUCGGUCCAAUACGACGACUCACCUCACUCAUGACGAACUCUAG